AUGCCAGCUGCAAAGAAAGCGUCUGCAUCCGCAGCCUCGACAAAAAAGCUCGCCGCCUCGACAAAAAAACCCGCCGCCUUGACAAAGUCCGCAGCCACGACGAAAAAGCCCGCCCAAAAGGUCGCGCCGGCAAAGACUGCUGCCAAGAAAAAGAUGGAAUCCGCACCGGAGCCCAAUGGCAAUGCCACCGCAUCUAGAAAGCGUAAGGCUUCUGUUGAAGCGACCGCCGAAGUUGAGCGCACAAAGAAGGUCAAGUCGGAAACGCCCGCCCCCCGAACAAUUGCCGUGCCCAAGCCCAAGAAGGCUUUCCCCGACAUUGGCAAGAUCAUCAAUGAGGUCCCUGAUCAGGUUCUCGAUGUCUACGUGUUUGGAGAGGGCACCUCGGGAGAACUCGGCCUGGGUAGUAAGAAGGUGAAUGGCAAAAAGCCCAUUGACGUGAAGCGACCACGUCUCAACGAUAACCUUGACGCCAAGUCAGUAGGUGUGAUUCAGAUCGCGUGCGGUGGCAUGCACGUUGCUGCCUUGACGCACGACCAUAAAAUCCUUACGUGGGGCGUCAAUGAUCAGGGCGCUCUUGGACGCGACACAACCUGGGAUGGUGGCCUCAAGGACAUGGACGGCAACGAAUCCGACUCGGACGAUGACGAUGACGACACCGGCAUCAACCCAAGUGAAAGUACCCCUACAGCCGUCGGGGAGGAGUUCUUUGCGCCCGGCACCAAGUUUGUUCAAAUCGUCGCCAGCGACAGUGCCACCUUUGUCCUGACGCAAGACGGACGCGUCUACGGCUGGGGUACUUUCCGCUCCAGCGAUGGUGUUCUUGGCUUUACGGAAUCUAUCAAGAUUCAACUGCGUCCUAUGCUCCUUCCAACCCUCAAGAACAUCACCUCUCUUGCUGCCGGGUCCAACCAUAUCCUGGCGCUAGACACUAAGGGCAACGUUCUUGCAUGGGGCUGCGGCCAGCAAAAUCAGCUCGGCCGCCGCAUUAUUGAACGGAACAAGAUGUCAUCCCUCACCCCUCAGGGCAUGGGGCUCCCCCGCGGCAAGAUCUCCAAAAUUGCUUGUGGUGGUUACCACAGCUUUGCCCUGGACAAAAACGGCAAACUCUGGGGCUGGGGCCUCAACAACUUUGGCGAAAUCGGUGUUCAGUCGAACGCUGGCGAAGAUGAUGCAGUCAUCCUCAAGCCCGCCAAGUUGACCGAUCUCGAUGACCAUGUCAUCACUGAUAUGGAUGGUGGAGUUCACCAUUCGCUUGCCUGCUCUGAUCAGGGUAAGCUCUUCACCUGGGGCCGAGUCGAUGGUUAUCAGGUUGGGUUCGAGUUUGACGAAUUAGAAAAGGAGGAUGUUAUCUUCGACGAGAGAGGCGCUCCCAGAAUCCUGGUGAAGCCAACCGUCAAUCCCGAGGUCUCGAACAUCUGCGCUGUUACUGCGGGGACUGACAACAGCUUUGCCAUUUCCAAGGACGGCAAGGCGUACUCGUGGGGUUUCUCCAGCAACUACCAGACUGGCCAGGGCACUAUUGAGGAUAUCAAGACUCCUACCCAGAUCGACAACACUGCUAUCCGUGGAAAGCAGAUCAUUGGGGCUGGUGCCGGUGGCCAAUUUUCCGUGCUCUUUGCCAAGGCUGAGGAUCAGACCAAUGACUCCAAGACGAACGGCGCUCACUAA